UUGUGACGCGCGUGUUGUGAAAGCGGACUCGGCUUCCGAAAGAGCGCGCGAGGCGGGACUGCGGCUGUGAGGGAGACUCUCUCAGUCGGGAGAAGCAGGCAGGCGGGGAACGUCGGGAUGGAGGCGCUGGCGGUGGACUGGUCCUUCGCCCUCCCGCUGCUCUUCACCGUCCUGGCGGUGCUGCUCGCCUCUGCCUUCGUCAAGCUGCGCUCCUCGGGAGCGGAGAAAGAGGAGAAAGAGAAAGAGAAGGAGGGCGAGGAGGAAGCCCACGCCAAUGCCGCCUCAGGAGAAGUGGGGGAGCCCCGAGAGGCCGAGGCCAGGACCGUGCCUCCUGCUGCUGCUGCUGUUGCUGAGGUCGACCACCUCGGCGGAGGAGAAGGCAUCCCCGAGGAGAAGAAAGGGGAGGAGGGGGAGCGGAGAAUAAGCGUCCCUGUGGAGAACCUCGGGGCCGAAGAGAAAGAGGAGGCUGCGGCAGGAGAAGGAGGAGAAGAAGGGGAGACCCGGGAGCGGGGGAAGGAGGAGGCGGAGAGGACUGCCCGAGAGGAGCCCCAGCCCUCCACGACGCCCUCCAGGCCGGCUCAGGCCCAGGCCCAGGCCGAGCGGGAGGAAGAAGAGGCGGCGAAGCCCCUCGCGAAGGAGGCGGUGGCGGGAGUAGCAGCAGCAGCAGGGGCCUCUGUCGCCGGGGCUGCUUCGUUAGCUGUCGAAGGGGAGCAACAGGAGGACGAGGAGGAGGACGACGACGACGAGGAGGAGGAGGACGACGAGGAGGAGAGCAAGGAGGAAGAUCAGGAAUCGGAAAAUGAGAAACUAGUGGUGAAAGAACCUGAGACUGAAGAUGCAGAUGAACAGUUCUUUAAAUAUAGCCCUGGAAAACUGAGGGGAAGCCAGUAUAAAGCUAUGAUGACCAAAGAAGAACUUGAAGAUGAACAAAGGAUUGAGCUGACCUCUGACCUCACAUCCCUGUAGCAAGUACCUUAGGUCCUCGGCCACAAACAUUCUUACAAAUCCUUUUGAACUGAAGACUAUAUGAAGUUAUCCUUAGACUCUUCCUAAGGCUUUUCCUUUUGGCAUCUUUUAAAGGCUUGAGAAAAAACAAACCCCUAAAUCUACCAGAUACACAUAUUCAACUGAAAUAUAAGCAACCCCUCAAAGUAUGGGACUUUCUCUGGCUGAACCUAAUUUUCCCCAAAAUAUAAUGCUGUAAUGUCAAGACUGGAGAGAAUCUAUGUGUUUGGGUUUGGAGAACUGUAUGGGCUGGAGAAAAUAAGAAACUGCAUUUUGAGGUGGCCUGUACUUUGAUGUGAAAGAAAGAUGCUUAAAGUUAAAUGUGUUCAAGUUGUCGCGCUAGCUGCUCUACAUCCACUGCAUCCUCAAAGUAAUAAUUUCUCUUUAAACAGUAUAGACUAAAGCUGACAAUUACAUCAGAUGAAUUCAGUGAUUCCAUCAAACUGUUUGGUCCCCCUCCAUCAGUCUGGCUUGGACCAAAACAUUUCUUGAUAGGUUUCAAGAUGAUACGUUGCAAUUUGAAGCAUUGUAGGUGCUUCCUUCAGUUGUAGGUGGAGAUUUGAUGGUAAGAUAUAGACUCUAGUGUAGCCACUCCUCCAUUGUAGCCAUUUGAUGAGAAGCGGUCCUCUAUCUUACGUAGUGGGAAGUCCUAAGAACCAAGAAGGAUUUACUGUACAGGUCUACCCAGAAGUAAGUCCCAUUGAAUCCAGUGGGGUUUACUAUCAGAUAAAGGGAACAGGAGUGCAAUAUUACUCUUAAUUGUUUAUUAUUAGUUUUUUUCAUGAAACCUAUAGCUUCAUUAAUUAAUGCCCAAUAGCUAGUGAAUUUGGCCCUUGCUUCUGAUCCCAAGUAGGGAGUUUGAAAAAGUAAACUUUAUGAGUACUUUCCCUCAAGUUGCGAUUUGAUAUACAUUUUCUAUCUUCAAAUAUAUUGUUGAUAUGGUAUGCUUUUGUUUUAAAAAAUAUUGCUUCUCUUUCCACAAUAGAUCAAUUAAUGUACUGAAUUGCUACAGUAUACUGUAAUGUACAUAAAAUCUGGUCUGCAGGGGUAUAUUAGUGACUUUACUGAAACAAUAAUUCCAGUAAAAAAAAAACCUGUUGAUUGAUAAGCCUUUUCUUCCAUGAGUAUUGAGGCCACUUUCCAUUUGUAGAAUUACCACUCUGAGUUGUAAUUUUCCAAUAUCUUACCACAUUUUGAAGACAGAUUAAGUCUUGUCCAACACUUCAUAAUAUAUCAAAGUCAAGCUGCUUUUAAAAAUGAAAAGUUAAUUCUUUGGGAAUACUUGAAAUUAUUUACUCAAUCAUCCUUUGGAGUGGCCAGGUUUGGGAAAUGUUUUUCUGUAGCAUAACGUUUUUUAAAGGGCUUAUUUAAGAAACAGCAGGAAGCUUUAGUUUUUUUUUAAAAAAAGGAAAACAUUUUUGUUCCUGUUUUCACUAGCAUAAUAAGAGUUUGCAAUUGAAUUUUGUUUAUAUAAGGACACUCUGCUUUGAGAUACUUGUUAGCACGCACUCUGCCUCCAGUUAAAUUUUCUGACUUAUUCAGUGUUCCAGGCACCAUUAACUAUGCAAAGAUUGCCUUAUAUACAAUAUAAUGCUUCAAUAUACAGCAAUACAUAUAUUGUACCAGGAAUAUGACUAGUGGCUGUGAGCAAAGAUAUCUCCUCAAUAAUGGCAAAAUGGCUGUCUUGGGUAUUUUCUACCUUUUUUUCUAAAUGUGAAAGUGACUCUUAUACACAGGACUGUAAUUUCUAGUGGCUUGAAAUGUAUAUUGCCAUUACUACUCAGUCCAAUAAACCUUUAGUUUAUAUGAA